AUGCACCUCAUUUAUGUGGAAUGCCAAUGUAAUGACAGUGAAGCCGCUAGACGGUAUCGCGAGAGAUACCCUAAUGCUGAUCGCUAUCCAGAUCACAGAGUUUUUACCAAUGUGCACCGUCUACUCUUCUCUGAUGGCCGACUGCCAAACCAAAUGCAUGGUGAAGGUAGAAUUUCAUUACCUUACGAGGAAGUAGUUCUUCAAGCAGUUGAUAAGGACCCAAGUUGUUCGACUCAUGACUGUACUGUUCAAAAUUUAGGUUGCAAACAUGGCGUAGCAUUUUUCAUGUGGGUCCAUAGACGCAUCGAGGAGCCAUCUCCCACUGAAAAAAUAUCUUACUGGGCCAAACCAAAGCAGGUUACUAUAGGUACUAAAUUUAUAAAGGCUAAAGAUGAGGGUCUCAGUUUAGUUACUACUGAAGAUAAAACACCGAUAACAAUGGAGACUAGUUUUUCCUAG